GUCUGGGCCCUGGCGUCUUGUACCGUUAGCCACAUUGCGAACAAAGUUACAAUAUUUUGAAAUAAAUUCAACGAUUUGUGAAGCCAUUUUUCGCCCGGAAACACGCCUGCUACUUUUGGACUAUGCGGCGGUGAAAGGGGGGCGAGAAUCCGGCGGGAUCCGCGGAGGCAGACGUGUUUUUUAAACAGCAUUGUUAUGUUGCAUCUGAACUGAGUUGCAUUGAACUCCACGCAAGGAGAAAAGAAAGCUAGCUGGCUAACUGUGCUAGCGGCUAGCUGGCUAGCGGCGCUCCAACUCGUGUGCUAUUCACUUCCUUGUUGCACAUUGGAGUGUGAUGGAAGUUUGUGAGAAGGAGACGGAGUUUCUCACUUUAACUUUAACACUAUCUGGUUAAUGGAUUUACACGCUUGCACGGACUGUCACAUAACGGGAGAAGUGGAUUUUAUAUUUAGAUCGGCUUUGGGCCUGUGCUUUGACCAUGAAGUGGAAUGUCUAGCUGGUUAGCUUUUGGAGGCUAACUGGCUAAACCGACAACCAUUAGCUCGCAAAUCUGGGAGAUUUCCGUCCCGGAGUACAAUGGUUGCUUGCUCUAUAGCUACACACCAUAUUGUGGACUUUAUGUGACGGAAUCUACAGGCAGCAAGUGUCAUGAAUUGACUACCGUCUUGGGGGUAACUCACUUUUUAAUUGAACCUCAAACGAGCUAGCUUUGUAAUGCUAAUGUUAAGUGAUUUAGCUAGCUAGCUGGCUGGCUGUCUUGAUUGUGAAUUUGCUUAGCUAACUAGCCUGUUAGCCCAAUGUUUUGUUCCACGACACAACAAGGAACAUAGUUUAGGUAAAGUGUAUAGUAUUAAAGAUCAUUGUCAACGUGGGGAAAGGGGUUUAUUUUGUCAGAUAAAUGCCUAAUCCAGAGGUGCUUCGCGAGGGUCGGGGUCGGAGCCCCUCUGCUCAGAGAAACGCUACCAGGCAGGACAGGCGCAGUAAGCCGGGGAGCGGUGCUGCUCAGCGGGACAGACACCGUGAGAAGAGGCGGUCGUCGGCGUCUACGAGAAAGAAACGCAGGCAGGCCAAGGGGAGAGACUUGUGGCAUGCCGGUACAACAGGAGACCCUGACAUUGAUCGUAAAGGAGCUUUUGAUAAAGACGCUGAACUUCGGACACUGGUAGAGUAUGACGACGUGAGCUCCCAGUCUGAGCGAUUUUCUGGGAGCCCCUCUCCCAAACUUGACGCCCAUGCUGACAGGCUCUCAGUGGACCGACUCAGCGAUGUUGACUUUGGUGACUAUAAUGGACCAGCAUCCCCGGACAGGAGUCACCCGAGAGAUCGGGAGGCACUGUGCAUUAGCAAGGACGAACAAACUAGAGGACCAUCUGAGAGGAGCAGGCAAGAGAAGGAGCCAGGCAAGAAAAAGGACCGCCAGAGCCGCGAGAGAGACUCCUUAAAAGCCAGGAGUGGAGGUAGCCUUAGUGGCUCUAAAAAUCACAGAGACACUACAAGGAGCAGUGACAGGAAUGGUAAGAGGACAUCUCAGUCCUCACAAUCUGCAGAUAAAAGGGAUUCGAAAAGGCACAAAAGUAAAACAAGAUCUGACAAAGAGCCCCCAUCUGCAUACAGAGAUGCGCCACAAUCUUACAGAGAAGACCGUGAAGAACUCAGGGCAUACAGGAGAAGUCCUGGUUUCAAAUCAGAAAGUCCCUAUGGGACAGCAUACUCUUAUAGCUACCAAUCUCCUGGUGGUUAUAACACACUAAUAUCUAGGAGAAGUCCAACUUAUGGGAGCAAAAGACUCUCUCCGAGUUCAGCUUAUUACAGCCGGGAUGCAGAUGGGUAUGGGGCAUAUAAUGUGCCAAAGUCACCCAGUUCAUACUCCAGCAACAAAAGGAAGCGGUCCCCAGCGAGCCCAGCAAACUGGCGCAGGUCCCCAAGUUAUGGCAGACACAGUCCCUAUGAACAAGGAGAGUUUGGUUCAAGUCCUCAUGGAAACCGCAAGAGAUCAAGGAGCCCAUACAGAAAAUCCAUGAGCCCAAGUCCAGAUUUCAGGCGAUCUGCGCGGUCACGUAGCAGAAGUCCAUAUUCAUCCACAAGGCAUUCACGUUCUCGCAGCCGCCACCGCCACUCUCGCUCUCGCAGCCGCCCCUCUAGCCUCUCACCGAGCACGCUCACCUUCAAAUCCAGCCUCGCUGCCGAACUCAGCAAGCAGAAGAAGGCCAAAGCCGCAGAAGCAGCCGCCAAGGCCAAGAACUCCAGCAACACGUCGACUCCAACCAAGGGUCCCGCCUCAUCCGCUCACCAGCCCAGCCCCAAGUCCAAUCACACCACCAGGAAGGGCCGCCCUCCCUCCCCGCCGCAACCGGAGAAAGGUCCCAGAACUCCCACAUCGAGCCAGCCCCAGUCGCCCUCAGACAGGACGUCCAAGAGGACCACUGAGCCCCAGACCAGCAGGGACCGAGACGGAAAGGGGAGAGAUGACUCUGUUCAUCGGGACAAGAGGAAAGCACCAGCACACGGACCGAGCCGAGACAAGGAGCGAACCGCUGGUCCACUCAUCUCUUCUCUGGCAUCCCUACCGCUGCCCCCAGCUAUUCUUGAGCACAUGGAUAAAGGAGAAAGCUUGAAGGACAGCCUGCUCUCAGGGAAGAAAAAGUCAGACAGAAAGGCCCGUCCGCUUCUUACCGACUUGCCUCUCCCCCCUGAACUUCCCGGCGGCACGUCUUCCCCACGCAGCCCGCCCGACGACAAAAAGUCCCAAACUCUUCGCCGAAGACCUAAAAUUUGUGGCCCAAGAUACGGCGAGUUUAAGGAAACGGAGAUCGAUUGGGGUAAACGUUGUGUGGACAAGUUUGAAAUAAUUGGAAUCACAGGAGAAGGCACUUACGGUCAGGUGUACAAAGCUAAAGACAAAGACACCGCUGAAAUGGUGGCUUUGAAGAAAGUUCGGCUGGACAAUGAAAAGGAGGGCUUCCCAAUCACAGCCAUCAGAGAGAUUAAGAUUCUACGACAACUCAACCACAAGAGCAUCAUAAACAUGAAGGAGAUCGUCACAGACAAAGAAGAUGCUCUAGACUUCAAGAAUGAUAAAGGUGCUUUCUACCUUGUAUUUGAGUACAUGGACCACGACCUGAUGGGUCUGCUCGAGUCCGGUCUGGUCCACUUCAACGAGAGCCACAUCAAGUCUUUCAUGCGACAGCUGCUGGAGGGCCUCGACUACUGCCACAAGAAGAACUUUCUGCACAGAGACAUCAAGUGCUCCAAUAUUCUGCUCAAUAACAAAGGUCAAAUAAAGCUGGCAGACUUUGGUCUGGCUCGGCUGUAUAACUCUGAAGAGAGUCGUCCAUACACCAAUAAAGUGAUUACACUAUGGUACCGUCCCCCAGAGUUGCUUCUGGGAGAAGAGAGGUACACACCGGCUAUCGAUGUGUGGAGCUGCGGAUGCAUUCUUGGAGAACUGUUCACAAAGAAGCCAAUAUUUCAAGCCAAUCAGGAGCUUGCCCAGUUGGAGCUGAUCAGCCGGAUAUGUGGCAGCCCCUGCCCUGCAGUCUGGCCAGAUGUAAUAAAGCUUCCCUUCUUCAACACCAUGAAACCAAAGAAACAGUACAGGAGACGGCUACGGGAGGAGUUUGCUUUCAUCCCUCCAUCUGCCCUGGAUCUGUUUGACCACAUGUUGAACCUGGACCCCAGCAAACGCUGCACAGCCGAACAAGCGCUGAGCAGCGAGUUCCUCAAGGACGUGGACCCAGACAAGAUGCCCCCGCCGGAUCUUCCACUGUGGCAGGACUGUCACGAGCUGUGGAGUAAGAAACGCCGGCGACAGAAGCAGAUGCCGGAGGAAGUGGCGGCCCCUAAGGCGCCCCGUAAAGAGCUGGGCCUUGACGACAGCCGUAGUAACACUCCCCAGGGCUUCCCCGCUCCUGGAGGUAUUAAAGCUCAGAACGCAGCUGCCUCUGCACUGCUGGAUCCAAAGGGUCCAAACUCUCAGUUAACCCAGGAGCAGCUAGCAGUCCUCCUAAACUUCCUGGGCCAGCCCAAGAGUUCAGUAAACACGGCCCAGUUUGUCCAGUCCAUGGGCACAAAGGUCAAUCAGGAAACAUUACAGCAGCUCUCCAAAGCCCUCGCUCCCACCGACCCAGCUGAGCCUCCUCCUCAACCCGCACCCGCCAAGCCUCCCCAGCCCGCCGCUCCUGCAGGAGUGCCCCGUACGCCCCCGAUGCCCAAGCCUCCUUCACCCCCCAUGUCUGCUCCGCCGGGUAUUCCAGAAGGAGAGGCCGCAGCCGCCACGCAGACCGCCAUGACGAUGCUGCUGGCCCAGCUGCUCCAGGCGCAGCAGGCUCAGAGGCAGGAGCUGAGUGAAGGAGGGGAAGGAGCGGAGAGCAGCAACAGUGCAGGAGCAGCGCCGGGGGGGCAGCCGCUACCUCCAGAGGUCAAACAGCCCCCAGAGCCCAGCCCGGUGUCUCCAGUGUCUGAGGUAGGUGGAGUCUCCAUCCUGCCUCCAGACCAGAGGCCACCUGAGCCUCCAGAGCCGCCUCCACACGCUGACCUGGACUACCGGCAGCCUCCACCUGAACCCAAGACCGGCCACGCUCCACCCAUUGCAUCUGCAGGUGGAGGUGAUGGAGGGAGACCCCCGGAGCCAGACUACCCGCCCCUCCCUACCGCAGAGGGGCCGGGAUACGGCGGAGACUACAUCCAUCCACCUCCUCCACCCUUCACUCCUGCAGGCUUCGGGGACGGCUACAUGGGUCACAUGUUGGGCGGAGGCCUGCCCCCUCACGCUCUGAGGGAGGUGUUCAGCGGGCCCGGCCAGGCUGCUAGCUCCUCGUCUGCCCCCGCCCACCCGGACUCCUUCCCUCCAGGCGCUGGAGCCACCGGACCCAGCAGCAUGGUGUUCACCGGGGACAAGGACCACCGGUUUAAUUACAAUCACAGCCCCUUACCCGUGGAGGGACAGCCCAACCCCGGCGCCCUCCACCUGUACAACCACGCCCUGGCUAGAAAGGAUGGUGUACCUCCUCCCCCUCCCAUCCAAGCGCCAGGACAGCCCUGGGGCUCCCCUUCUCAAGUCGGGGCGCCACCACUACCCCUCGGCUUUGUCCCACACGUGAACUCGACGGCAACAAUCAGAGGACGAGGCCUGCCUUUCUGAAAGACUGGAAACGGGAAGUGGCAGUUUGCGACAACGGACAAAAAGGCUCGGAGGACUCGAUUGUGAGCCCGAAGCCUCUUGGGCCAGACCAGAGGGAUCUGGAGAUGCACACUCAGUUUGUAAAUCUGUGUAAGGCAUUGUAUUUCUCCUCAGUCUGGAAUGUGGAGUACGUUGCAGAAGGACAGCUGAAUAACACCGGAGGAGCUUUUCUUGCUCAUACCAUUUUCCUAUUUUUUUGUAAUCUAUUCUGCUGUCUUUUAAAUUAAACUUUUACCUUUUUUGAGUGUACAUUUAUCAGGCCGGGUAAAUUUUAAAUCUCUACCUUAGCCUUUCUGUAAUUUGCUCCAGGGCAGACUAGUAUUAAUGUUUUGCACUACUGACUGAAGUAGGCGGAAACUAUUUUAGCUAUGAAAGGAAAUGGAUGGUGUGCUUUAUCGGCACAAUUAGGAAUAUGACCAGUAAUGUAGUGUCCUCUUUUUAUUAAGGCCAUGAUUAUGUUGAACACUGAUGGCUCAGUUGAUUGGGUUGAUGGCGUAGGUAUCAGCGCAGGGAGCUAUUUGAGGAAUACGGACUGUUAGUUCCAGACAGACUGGUAGCACUUGGACGACUGCAGCAAAUCUGAUCCGACGUCAUGGAGAAAGGCUGUUUUCACUUUAAAUUCCACAUGCCUUUCUCGACAAUAGGUGUUGUAAAAUCAUGAGCAAAACAAAAACACACGUAACCCAAGUUAAAAAAAAAAACAA